CGGCGGUGGCGGUGCGGCCCGCGGGCCCGGCGGCCAUGGCGGCCAUGGCGGAGGGGGCGCCCGAGUACGAGUCGGCGGAGCUGUGCACGCGCGCGUUCCGCGUGGGCGCGCUAGGCCGCGGGUGGCGGCGGCAGCUCGGCCCGCCCGACCUCUCACUGGCGGCGGCGCAGGAGGAGAAGGAGGAGACGGACGCGGCCGUGGCGGCGGAGCUGGGCUGUGCGGCGGACACGGCGGCCGAGCUGCGUGCCGUCUGCAGCAUUGAUAUGUUAAUGUCUUCUGAUAAAGAAGAGGACCCAGAUGUUAUUUCUGAAGAUAGCAGUCUGCUAACUCUUCGAAUUAGAAAGAAGGCCUUAGAGAGGAGAGAAGAAACAAUUAUUGUGGAUCGAGCUUGCAGACAAGAAACUCUUGCCUAUGAGAUGGAGUCACAUGCAAUUGGAAAGAGGCCAGACAAUCCAACAGAUAUAGUCGAGGAAGGAGAACUACUUUUAACUCUGAACAUCUUCUAUCCUGUUAUAUUUCAGAAGCAUAAAGAUCACAAACCCUAUCAAACAGUCCUUGUACUGGGCAGCCAGAACCUCACUGAGCUGAGAGACUCGAUUUCUUGUGUCAGUGACCUCCAGAUAGGUGGUGAGUUCAGUAGUCAGCCAGACCAAGCACCAGAACACAUCAGCAAGGAUCUCUACAAAUCUGCUUUCUUCUAUUUUGAAGGCAUCUUCUAUAAUGAUAGAAGAUACCCAGAGUGCAGAGAUCUGAGCAGAACAGUUAUAGAGUGGUCAGAAUCUCAUGACAGAGGCUAUGGAAAUCUUCAGUCUGUUAAAAUGGAGGACUAUGUAUUUAAUGAUGUGUCCCUUAAAAUUGGCUUUCCAUACCUUUUCUGCCACCAAGGGAACUGUGAGCACAUAAUUAUAAUCACAGAUAUAAGGCUCAUUCAUCAUGAUGACUGUCUGGACAGGAACCUAUAUCCCUUGCUAAUCAAGAAACACUGGCUAUGUACCAGAAAAUGCUUUGUGUGCAAAAUGUACACAGCAAGGUGGGUAACCAACAGAGACAGUCUGGCACCAGAGGAUCCUUGUUUCUUCUGUGAUGUUUGUUUUCGGAUGCUCCAUUAUGAUGCAGAAGGCAAUAAACUGGGGGAGUUUCUUGCAUAUCCUUAUGUUGAUCCUGGGAUUUUCAACUGAAACUGCCAUGUGCCAGAGUGAAUUCAGUGAAAACUACAUUGUUGAAUCUGUUGCUCUGGCUGUUAAAACCACUGGAGAGCUUGAGUUUUGAGCAUACUGCUGGGUUUUGGGUUAGGUUUGUAACCCUCUGCCCUGAGGUGGAAGGAGCCCUUUGCACUUGAAGUCUUUCUGUUAUGCUUUCUAAGUAUGAUUGUAAAAGCUAAGUCAGCAUGGAAAAAUAUAAUACACUUUUACAAUAUUACAGCGUUUUGGAGACUAUGGACAAAAAAUAGAUGUUUAAGAAGAGAACGCCUGGCAAAAGAGCCAUGAUUUUGAGGAGUUCUGUGCAUCCAAGGAUCUGUAAACCUCCCAGGAUGAGAACAUGGACAUCUUACCUUGAAAACUCAUCAUCUAUGAAUAGGGGGGCAGGGCACUGAAUUUGUAGGGAGGAGAAUGCUUUCUGAGAAAGCAGCUCAGAAUUACGGUUAAAUUCUUGGAUCUUGCCUGCAAAUGGGGGUGCUUGCAAUCUGUAAGCUACUGCUGUCCAUGGUUUGUGACUCUGAGGACUCAUUCUGUGAAGAAUAAACUACAUUUCACUGAUUAAUGAACUGUAGCCUGCCUUUCAAAUAAUUUUGUUAACUGUUUACAGUGCACAGUGUUCACUGUGCACUUUUUUUGAAGUAUUCUGUUACUGUAAGUAAUGAUGUUUUUUAUUAAAAUGUGACCAAUUUGUA